AUGGCGGGGAUGACUGAGAAUUUAUCGUUAGAGCUUCGAGAAGGAGAACCAUUCAGGAAUGGAGAUAGUUUAAUGGAGUUUGAGAAGAUGCAAUACCAUAACAGUAACUCUGAGGAGGCUAAACGAUCAAACCCAUUUGAUGUGCUAUAUGAGCCACAUAAGGUUCAUUCACCGAGUCAUUACAACACUCCCUUGAGUCAAUCAUUUCGGUAUCUUGAGAUGGAGCAUAACAAUGUAAUAAAUAGGGAUCAGGGUGUAAAUGAUACAAGCUAUAAUAACAUUGUCACGGUUAUAGAUUCGACAGACAGUGUUAACAGAACUGGAUCAAUGAUCUCGAGAUCUGCAACAUUGAGAAAUAGAAACAGAAUUAAGACAAGGAGUAAGAUGGUUAGAAAGAACGACAUAGACUCGGAUCCUGAGAAAGCAAAACGAAAGUCAAAAUUGGCGUUCUUGUUUCCGGUUAGGAGAGAAAGAUCAUUAAAGCAGAAACCAAAGUAUGUACCUUUAAACAGGUCACCAAAAUUCACAAACGCUCAAGAAUUUCAACAGUUUUUCGAUAAGUCUAAUGCUGCUAAUGUUUUAGCAGAAAUGUUACCCCCGAAAAUGAACCACUUCAAGUAUAAAAGAUUAUUCCUUCCUGACUCUAAAUUAAUAACGUCGAACGCAUAUUAUCAAAUUACCAGGAAUAACUCAUUCAUAAUUAAUCCCAAGACACAAGCUUCAAAAAUGAUUAUAUCUCUGCCUAUCAAAGACACCUUUACAAAAAACGGAGUGAAAAACGAGCCAGAUCUUGACCAGCAUUUGCCACCAGAUUUUGGUUCUGAGGCCUAUAACAAAUACAGGAUUAGUGUUUUCUCAAACAAAUUAAGUACGAUACCUACAUUCUAUCAAUUAUUUCCUGAGGAAGCCAAGUUAGGCAUGCUAAAUGCUUCAGAACUCGAGCAAAUUAAUAAAAAGUUAUUAUUCGAGGUAUUGCUAAGAAGAACUGUGGCAGCAAAAAUUGGCUACAGACUCAAACAUAAUGGUUAUUUCAAUAGGAAAUCAAAUAAUAAUGCCUCGAGUAAUGGCGAUUCAAGCUCUGAAUCUCAUUCGGGCCCAUCAUCUGAUAACGAACGUUUUGAUAACCAAAACUUACCCAAAUUAUCCAAAUCGCAUACAAAUUCAUCUUCCUAUGACGAGUCAAUUAAUACAGAUGAAUUGCUAAAACAAAAUGCAUCGUUGUACUCAGGUGUAUUACCUUCCCCUCAGAUCAGCUACUCUUCAAGAAUUGAAUUGGAUUGCCUUGUAUCUGAAAUUCUGGAUUCGCCCAACUUCUUACCUUUGCAUAAAUCAAUUGACAAAAAUAAUUACUCCAGUUCUUCCGUAUAUUCUACUCCUAAGACUAACAAAUUUCUUAACAAUGGAAAAUUCACACCAAUGGCUUAUUUUGAGUCACCAGAGCUGUUGUACAUAGCUACAUUUAGGAAACAAAUCAAUAAUGAAGGAAAUCCAAGCACGAGAAGGUCAUUUCCUACAAGUACAAAUCCUCAUCAAACAAUACUUCCUGAAUCACAUUCGAAAUUUUUGCAGCCUAUGACUCAACCAAAUGAGCCGGAGGUGAAUUUUUUAGGUUCCCCCAACAAUUCGCUCAAGCUGAAACCAAAGCAUAAAUCACAAACAAGUUCAAACACUUCAAUUUUGCAGGACUUAGAGGAUCUAUCUAGUGAACUUUCUUCCUUCGCUAUUGGGCAUGAGGAUAUGGUCCAGAACUUCCAAUAUUCUGCUCGAGAUAAGAGUUUGAAUAUCCCGUUACAAAAACACCAUAACUUAAUUCAAUCAAUUGAAGAAUCGAAAGACUCUGUUGGUUUAAGGUCUACCAACUCAACACAUCCAAUAAGAAGUGAAAGUCCAGUAGCUGAUAUUAAAUCAAUGAGAGCUUCUAUUUCAAUAAUUGGUACAUUAAGUGAUUCAAGUUCUAAUUCUUCAUCUAAUAAAAAAGUAUCCCUUCGAGAUGCUAUUAAUGCGCAUAACCUUAACUCGAUUAAAGCAAACAUAUCAACAGUCGCUUUGAAGUCAAUAAGUUCAAAUAAAGGUGCAAAGUUAAACAAUCCUACAAUAUAA